GCGAAGGAGGGGUGCGCGGAGACUGAUAAGAUGCAAAUAUUGUCUCCUUCUGCUACCCUCGAUGUUUUUGGUUUCCCAAAGAGCUAUUCACGUAGAUAAACACUCAGUCCAGCCCAUCUACUUUAGCGUCGGUGUGAAAGAAGUGCUAAUCAUCCCUGACUAAAACCACUCGUCCCCCCUCUCUCCCAGACAUGGAAGAAGCCGCGGAAUCCCGGGCGGGAGUAGUCAGGCGGUGACGCAGUGACGGCCAUCUUAUUCCUGUGUGUCUGCCCGUUGUUUGUCUGUUGUAGCUGGGCCGCGAGGACGUUUCCCCUCCCGCCGCCUGCCAGGCUGUGCGAGCGCCCUCCUCCUCGCCGAGUGACCCGAUAGACCGACGCUGAGUCCCCGAGCCGCACCUCGUUCCUUGUCCCAGCGCGGCCCCGGUUCGGACUAUGGGUGGGUCGGGGUGUAGCAGGGUGCGCAGCCCUCUGAGCAGUGCCGCUCUCAUGCAGCGGGGUCCGUUGGGGGCCCUGCUCAUUUCUUGACAUGGAUCCCCCCGGAGCUCUCACCCUCAGCACCGCCAGCCUCCUCCCCCAGCAGAGACCGACAGCCCGCUCAGACACACGGCGCCCAGACAUGACAGGCGGCCGGCGCGGAUAGGACACCAGAGACACCCCACCUAGCCCAGCCGUGCCCCCUCUCCCUCACACAGCCACCGGCCCAGGACACCCAGCAGGCGCCACCCGGCCCCCUCCGGCCGGCCUACAUUUAUUAGUCUGUCGCCCACUAUCGCGACAUGGCCAUGACCCCUCACCGCUGACCAUGCCCUCAGAUUAGGGAGGUCGAACAGUAGGCUGACUGACUGACUGAGGCCUAGCGAGCACUCACUGAGCCCCCUCCCCCUUGCUUCUUGCCUAGGGCAACAUGGCGUCCCUCCCCAGGGGCUGCCACUGGCACUCUCACAUGGGCCUCUCUGUCCUCAUCCCUGGUAUGGCGAGGCAACUUUACUUGUGCUGUGAACAACCCUCUCCCACGUAUUACACAGGAAAAUAAUAUAUAUUUUUUUUAUUUUAUUUUUUGCACACAAAAAAAAAACCUGUAGAAAAGGGGGAAAGUCUUGCCUAGAGUAAAUUUGGCAUCCUUUAAAUAUAAUAUAUAAUGCAGCCUUGGGUCUGGCUUAUCUUCUGGUUUUAUUUUUUUCUUUCUAUGAGCUGGGAGGUUUAAAUAAAAUGCCAUCAGAGGAUGGCUUUUGAUUUUAUGGUACAGGCUAAUAACAGGGAACGGCUUUAUUUUUCCAUCAUUGUGCCCCUGGCAUUUUAAGAUGUGUUUCAAUUUCUUUUUGUAGUUUUUUGUUUUUUUUCAAAUUAAAAAUGCCUCUUUACUUUUCAUCAGACAGAGCUAUGGUUGUGCAGCCCUAUGUGUUUGUUAAUCCUGGUAAUAACACAGGCUUGUCACACAUUGCCUAACUAGCGCUUUGGGUUUCGUUGACCUGUUAAUUCACUUAAAGGGGGUCAGAUGGCUUGUAUUUGUUAAACUGGUGUCUAAAGCAACGCAAAAAUACCCAGAAUUAGUGACAGGCUACUUAGGCCUUCGCACCAGCUGUGUUGCAAAAUGGGGGACCCAAACUCUCGCAAGAAACAGGCUCUGAACAGACUGCGUUCUCAGUUACGAAAGAAGAAAGAAUCUCUAGCUGACCAGUUUGACUUCAAGAUGUAUAUCGCCUUUGUUUUCAAAGACAAGGUAAUGUAUGAAUAUCCAAAAUCUUGAUUCAGCAGCAAAAGCAUUUUUGUUUUGCUAUAUUUCUAAUGUAUUGACUGUGCAGACUACUGCAUUUCUAAAAAGUAAAGAAAUGUGAAGUUACUUCUUGAAUUUGCUUAUUGUGACACCUGUUUACACACAUAUUUAUCCCACCCACCCCACAAAGUAUUCUUGGCAAACUGGUUUUAACUCUUCUGUAAACUUCUAAGAAAAACUUUUUAACAAACGCUUUCAAUGUUAAGGAUUAGAGGAAUUUUUGCAGGUUGCUGUAUGUCAUGCUAAAGGUUUGGAGAUCAGUUUCACAAUGAUUAACCAUAACACUGGUUUUAAACGGAUAAAAAAAAAAAAAUCAUUUACAGACUCUGUAACAGUGCCAUAAACCAUCUUAUUGCAUUGGUUAAUCAGUUUUGAACUCUGCUCUUCAAUGUCAGAAUCAGGUUUGAGUGUUUUUAUGUAGACUGCUUUUUUUUUUCAAAGGAAAACCUCAUGCACUGUGAUUAUGGUGCCAGGAGUGUCUCCAUUGUUUUUUUUUUAAAGCAGUCUGUUCUCAGCCUUUGAGCUGGUACUGCAUGACUUAAUUCUGAAGAGCUAACAGAAGCUGCUAGUAGUAUCUUCUCACUCUUGGUUGCUGGGAGCGGUGCCCAUUGGACCUCAGGUCAGAACUCAAAUUGUCAGUUUUUUCUUGAAAAGCAAGAUAUAAAAUGGGUACCUUAAACACACAUGGUUCUGGUGCUGUCCCUUGCUACUGUGCCUCAAUAUGUUUGACGUUGAUGAUCCACAGUCUAGGUUACUCCAAUGACCACUUCUGCUUUUUGAAGUGUUAAUGUAGGAAGGAAUCUCUAUGAGAAGCCUGUGGACCUCCCUGUGGCUUUGACCACCACUACAAUCAAGUUAACUUUUUUUUUUUUUGCAAAUAUUUAAGAGUAUCUUUCAAUAGAAAGGACCAACAAAAUAAGCAGCAGUGCAUGCAGGAUCCGUAAAGUAACAUUACAUUUACUUAAAAUUAGUGAAACUUACAUGGCACCGUUUACUCGUGAUAUAACAAUAGCCGAGUUCUGUUCAAAGUAAUGGGCAUAGAUUUGUCAUUGGAACAUGGUAAGUAUAAAAGCAUCAAGAAAUUGGUCUUUAUAUAAAUGCUUCCCAACUAGGAGGGUGUGGUUUUUUUUUUUUAAGGGACACUACUAGUCCCUCGAACACCGCUUUCAUAUAGUUGUUCUAGUGAGUAUAGUCAGUCCCUGCAGUCUUUUCUAAUGUGAACGCUGCCUUAUUAGAGAAAAGGCAGGGUUUACAUUACAGCUUACAAACUCCUCUAGUGGGCACUCAGAUGGCUAAUAGAGGUACUUCCUGGGUCAGUGCUGCACUGACAUUCAGCUUGAUGGUGAGCUUUCCAGAUGCUGACUGGCCAGGGUCGAUAUCUGCCAAUCCAAUGCUUUCCUAUGGAGGCGAGGCCAGCCGCUGCAAUGACUUUGUAAGUAAAGCUACCUUUUUACUCCAGGGGUUCUCAACUCAGUCCUCGGGACCCCCUACCAGUCCAGGAUUUGGGGAUUACCUGGGUGUGUCUAAGGUGUUUUGAAAAAGGGGAGAAAAAAAACACCUUUGACUCUAAGGUGUCUUUUUUUUCUUUUUCUAAACACCUUAGACACACCCAGGUAAUCCCUGGACUGGUAGGGGGUCCUGAGGACUAACGUUGAGAACCCCUGCUUUAACCCCUUAAGGACACAUGGCAUGUGUGACAUCUUCCCUUUUAUUCCAGAAGUUUGGUCCUUAAGGGGUUAAACGGGCUCUAUAUGCACCCAGACCAACUAAUUUUAUUGAAGUGGUCUGGGUGCAAUGUCCCUGUCCCUUUAACUCUGCAGUGUUCAUUAUUGCAGUUUCUGAUAAACUGCAAUGAUAACAUUGUAGCGUUAAGACUACCCCUAGUGGCUGUCAGACGGCCAUUAGGGGCACUUCCUGCUUGCUUUGCGACUUUGGUUGUCUGACACUGGAUGUCCUCAUGCUCUGCGUACGUAGAAUCCCCAUAUGAAUGUAUUGCGGAGAAUUGGUUUGGACCUUAACUCCUCUGUGGGGUUACAGAAGAGAGAUAGGUGUAAGCACUUAAGGAGCCCUGAUGCUGGAAAAAGUGAGUGAAUCUUGAUAACAUUUUAAUGCAUGGGGCACCUGAAAAAGAGUAGUGACAAGGACACUACCGUUGGAAAUACAGCUUUGUACAAUAGUAUUCCUGUAAGGUUUAAUUGCUGAAAUUUAAGAGGCUCUUUACCUCUCAAACUUCACAAUUACACCCUUCUUGAGUCGUCUGCUAUCUUUUGUUUUGCUAUGUCAUGCUCUGCAAAGCAGACUUUUUUUUUUUUUUAAAUCAUUUUCUUUGUUAAUUAUACUUUCUAAUAUUGGGAGGAUGCAAAUUGGGUGGACACGCAUGACUGGUGUUGCCAGUGAUGUCACUGUCUAUUCUGCCCUCUGAGGUACUAAAGGGGAAAGUCUGGCCAGUCCCCAACCUGCACGACCAUAGAGCUCUGUUGAAGCUCUCGACAUGGUCCUGGUGCUUGUGCACAGUUAGAGUGCAUCUAAUGAAACUAAAUUGGGUUUGUGGGACAGGACUCAAAAAUAUGGGGGAAGGAGUGCUGGCUGUGUUAAUCUUCCUGUAUAGAAAGCGGUAAUCUAGCAAGCUCACAUUAGAAAACAAUUAUUUCUGGCAGGGGAAAUUGAUCAUUUUGGGGGAUUUAUAUUUUCCUCUGUGACUUUAGUUUUGUGUAUGUACAAUGACUAAGGGGUUUUUAUUUUGCAAUUCCAUCUUAUUUUCACAGUUACUGUUUUAUGUUUUGGCAUAAAUGCAUUUAAAUUCUCAGAUAUGUAUAUAUACUUACCAACUUUUAGUAGAAGUUAUAUCUAACUGGUUUACCUAUGCUAAAUUUACAUUUCUCUAGAAGAAAAAGUCAGCUCUGUUUGAAGUAGCUGACGUGAUACCGGUUAUGACCAAUAAUUAUGAAGAAAACAUUCUGAAAGGUGUGCGGGAUUCCAGCUAUUCAUUGGAAAGUUCCCUUGAGCUUCUGCAGAAGGACAUAGUACAGCUUCAUGCACCGCGCUACCAGUCCAUGCGCAGGGUAAGAACAAUUCAAAAAUCGUGCUUGCAGCAGCAUUUAGGAUGAACUGUCAAAUUACUGUUGCACUGCUAUACAGGAUGCAUUACAAAAAUAAUUACAUUGUGUAUAUAAUCCCCCUCAUCCAAAAACUCUCUACAAUGUGUAUAUGUGGAGAUGUGUCUAAGGGAAAACUACAAGCUCCAUAACUACUGCAGGGCACUCUAGUUACUUCCCUUUAAGGAACACUCAAGGCACUUUAUCUUGCUCAUUUAAUUCUAGUGCUAUUUGAAAUUGGUACUCUUGUAAAUCAUUACACACACACACCUGACAGCCAGGAAGGUGAACAGAAGUGAUUUUGUGCUUUGCUAGAACACGCCUGCCUUUCCCCCCCAUGUCCACAGACUGCCUCACUAGCUCAAUUCGAAGUCUUUAAUCCUCUUGACCAUGUGUUCCCCGCAUUACCUACUGUUUAUACUUUUACAUUUCCUGCGAUUUUGCUAUUCACGCUAUCCCUGCUGGCAAAGAAAAUACUGUAUUUAAAACCACUUGAGAGAUACAUUAUAAUCAGAGGGUUAAAAAGUAAUUCCACUCUAAACACCACAGAGACGCAACCAGACACAAAGCCUUUUUUACAUUACAUGGGAACAAAAGCGGCAGACUCUUAGCCGCAAUGCUGAGGAAACAGAGACAACACACAUACAUCGACAAGAUUAGAGACAAACAGGGGACCUUACACCGACUCCCGACAGAUAUCAUGAAAACAAUACGUACAUACUACACAGAACUAUACGCACUCCCUCAACCAAAAACUGAUACGGCGACAACGCGCCUCAGGGCCACUAUUCGCGACUACCUGACGAAAUAUCAGACACCGUCACUAGACCCAGAAACAGCAGAACUAAUAGACGAACCAAUCACAAUAGAAGAAUUAGCACUAGCGAUUAAGCUAACCAAACCAGGCAAAAGCCCAGGACCAGACGGUCUGCCGAUCAAAUACUACAAAACAUAUGCCGAAGACUUAUACCCACCCAUGGUAGAGGCGUUCAACGCGAUACGAGAAGGGAAUCACAUCCCCAGACAAGCCCUAACAGCCCACAUCACUAUUAUCCCCAAGGACGGCAAAGAUAGGGAACAAUGCGGAAACUACAGACCGAUAUCACUAAUAAAUUGCGACAUUAAACUACUGGCCAAAAUCCUUGCAACUCGACUUACAAAACAUAUCCCUUCACUGGUCCACCCAGACCAGGUAGGGUUCGUGACAGGUAGAGAAGCCCGAGACAAUACCAUCAGAGCGCUCACUCUCAUGCACGGGAAAGAGAGUAUGAAAACGGGUCUUCUUCUGCUGUCAACGGACGCAGAGAAGGCCUUCGACAGAGUAAACUGGACAUACCUCUUCGAAACACUGGCCCAUGUAGGAUUAGGACCGCACAUGAGACAAUGGAUAGAGGCACUAUAUCGAGAACCAACAGCCCAAGUGCUGGUAAAUGGGGCACUGACAGACGCCUUCCAAAUACACAAUGGCACGAGGCAGGGAUGCCCCCUCUCGCCACUACUGUUCGUCCUUGCCCUCGAACCAUUCCUUACACACAUUCGAAACAACACAGACAUAACUGGCUUAACGACAGACACCACACAUCACAAAGUGGCCGCCUAUGCGGACGAUUUACUCUUCAUCAUAACCAACCCUGAAAUCUCCCUCCCAAACAUCCAGAAAGACCUACAGAUAUAUGGAGAAAUAUCCAACCUGAAGAUCAAUAACAGUAAAUCGUUCAUUCUUAAUAUUAGCAUCCCUACCACACGGGUAAACUCCCUUCGACAUAGCUUCCCCUUCCAGUGGGCCGAGCACAAGAUCCGAUACUUGGGAGUCUGGUUGACUAGGCAGAGUGGGGACAUGCUUAAGGAAAACUUUACAAACACACUACAGACAUUUCAAAAAGACAUGCGGGAAUGGGCACAUCCUCACAUCUCCUGGCUGGGGAGGGUACAAGUAAUAAAAAUGAACUUCUUACCACGCCUCCUCUAUCUCCUCCAAGCCAUCCCCAUUGAGCUCCCGAGCCCCUUUUUUAAAACCCUUAGAACAGAGAUGAUAAAAUACGUAUGGAAUGGGGGGAAACCAAGGGUGAAAUUCACUAUCCUGGCGCGACCUAAAGAUAAAGGAGGCUUAGCCCUCCCAGACUUCCACCUAUACUAUGUGGCCACACACCUACAGAGAGUUGUAGAGUGGACAAAAGACAGGGUACACAAACUGUGGAAGACGGUGGAGGAGACGGAGGCGGGUAGACCAAUCUCGGGACUGCCAUGGGACCGAAACGCGACGAACUGGGACGAAAUGUCCAUCUACACCAAACACACCCUAAAAAUAUGGAGAAGAGUAGCGGUGAAGGGAAACAUAUCGCCAUACCCCUCUCCCCUCCUUCCAUUGACGUUUAACAAAGACUUCCCCCCGGGGCUAGACCCGAGGGCCUUUAGAGGCAUCCUUCCAGACACACACCCAUGCUUACAUCACGUCAUGCAAGACGGGAAAUGCAAAAAGCUUCCGGACAUGAUGGGAGACGUACCCCCGACUUUCAUGCACAACUUUCGAUAUUCCCAACUAACCAACUACAUCCACACCCUACCACAGGGCUCAGCACUCACUAGAGAACAUACCACAAUAGAGGUGAUAUGCAUGCACCCAGACCCGCUCCCACACGGAGUGUCCUUCCUAUACACCGUGUUGCAAACAGACAUCCCAACUGAGACACCUGUAUUUAUGGGGAAAUGGGAGAAAGCCCUGGGACACACAUUGACAGGCACAGAAUGGGAAUCCAUCUGCUACCUCACACACCACUGCUCCACACACAGUAAAACACAAGAGACAGCCUACAAAUUACUAACCCACUGGUACAGGACACCACACCUCCUACAUCAGAUAAACCCAGAUCAAUCUGGCCUAUGCUGGAGAUGUCAACGAGAAGAGGGAGACAUGAAACACAUCUGGUGGGACUGCACAAAAAUUAAACCAUACUGGCAAAACAUACACAGAAUGCUCGAGAAAUUCACGGACGAACCACCCCCCUUGGAACCAGCAGCAAUGCUCCUACACCACACUCCUACACCACACUCUAAGUACAAACGAUCCAUGACCAUCCGAAUACUCAAUAUAGCCAAACGGGUAAUUCCUCAAUACUGGAAACAGAACAUAACACCUCCACUUAAGACUUGGUUCAGCCAAAUGGAGGAACUCAGAAUAACAGAAGAACUGACCAUGACGACUAACGUGACCACAAAGACCUACACGGACAUUUGGACAUAUUGGAUCCUAGAGACAGCGAAGGAAGGCUUCCAAAUGGAACUCGGAACAGACGUACGCCAAACCACGGAGAGUUAGGCUUAGAACACCCACUAGACGACAGACGACGGAGACAACGACUACAGACACCCCCCUCCUCACCCUAACCCCGACCUUUCCCACCCCCUCUCUCCUAAAGACCCACACAGGACGAUACCCCAAUCAAAGCAGAAAUUAUUUCAUAUAGAGGAGACACUAGGGCCCUGAACGGAAAACCCAUACGGGUUCACACACAACUCAUAAACUCCAAGAGACACGACCCUAAUGAAACAUAGACCGAGCAGACGGGAUAACCACAACAUAGCCUGAGGGCAGCAAUGAACCACGUUCAAACCCCCCCGAAAUAUGAGUCAUAACCCUCUCAACACAGGUACAUUGUACCCUGGAUACAGGACACCAGGGACACUAAGGGGAGACUCACAUUAAUCUGCUACAGGCAUAGAGCCCAACACUAAAUUUAGGAACCUGAACGACACCUAACAAUAAAGGCUGCAUACGAGGUCUGCGAACCUCAACACAAACAUAAGGAGACCACCGGCUACUAUACAUGAAACGUAUAAACCAUGUAAACAAAACCCAAUUAGGAAAACAAAUGACAGAUGGUAAGAUGUAAUUGAAGGUGCUUGUGAACCUGGAAAAUAGGGACUUGCAAGUCCGUCAACAUUGUGGGCCUGCGAGCCCAAACAUACAUUGUUGUUUUCAAGGAAAAAUUAUGACUACUCACCUUAGAGACCUGCGAGUCUCCGAUCUCCGCAUAAGUAACAUGAGAAUAAAUAAAAAUUAUAUUCAUAAAAAAAAAAGUAAUUCCACUGUACAGACUUAAUAAAAAAAAAAAAACUUUCACUGUCUAUUCUGUGUGUGUAUCUAUCUAUAUCUCUUCAAUGAAAGAAUGCAUUCAAUUAUGUAUUUUAUUUUUUUCUCACUGCAUGUUAGUGGAGGUGUGUGUGUAUAUGUUACAAAGUGCAGAUGUCAAUAGACAUUGUAAGUUUUAUAAAUGAACCUUGUUGCAGUACUCUGGCUGUCAGACAAUCAGUCUUAUUACUUCCUGGUUUGGUUAGCUCAUUGGAGCUAAACUCAAAAGGCAGGCAAUUGCCUUGUAAAGACUUGUCAUUGAGCUGCAUUGGGAUAUCUGUUAUGUGCAGCUACAGUCCAUCUGGGCUAGGUGAUAAGUGAGUGCUUGCAAAGGCUGUAGACGGUACCUUUUGGCUGUUUUAGAUAUACCUCCAAUUGGGGAGAGAGUGUGUGGUGUUUUUUUUUCUUGCAGUGGAUUGUCUUUUUAAAGGGACACUAUAUAGUCACCAGAACAACUACAGCUUAUUGAAUUUGUUCUGGUGAGUAGAAUCAUUACCUUCAGGCUUUUUGCUGAAAAUGCAGUGUUUACAUUAUAGCCUAGUGUUAACUUCACUGGCCAUUCUUUAGAUGGCUGUUAGAAAUCCUGCAUGCAGACACUGAACUUUUCUCAUAUAGAUUCAUUGAUUCAAUUCAUCUCUAUAAGGAGAUGUUGAUUGGCCAGGGCUGUGUUUUGAGUUGUGCUGGCGCUGCCUCUCAGUCUCAGCCAGUCCUAUGGUGAAGCAUUGUGAUUGGAUCAGGCUACCACUUCUGCUGAUGCCAGCAGGUAAUGGGCAGGUCUAAAGGAAACGGGGACAAAGCCAGCAGCUUCAGGUUUGAAUGCAAGUAAGAUUUUUACUAUAUUUAGGGAGACAUGAGGGGGGCUAGGUGGUGGUUUUAAUCCUAUAGGGUCAGGAAUACAUGUUUGUGUUCCUGACCCUAUUGUGCUCCUUUAAGGUAUCUGAAAUGACAUAAAAUAAACCGACAUACAUUGUUGCAAAUAAAAAGGGAAAAGGGCUUUAAGUAAAACGGAAACAAUAGCAUUACAUGUAAAUCUGAACAAAUAGUGUUUUUCUAUAUAGUAUGUUUUUAAGAUGUAUUUCAGAAGUUAAUGAGUACUGCUUCUGUAUAAGCCUAAGCACAUACAGAAAGUAAACAUGGCUGUUUUUGCUCAAAAUAUAACUAACCUUUUCUUGUUUUUAGGAUGUAAUUGGAUGCACUCAGGAGAUGGACUUUAUUCUGUGGCCUAGGAAUGACAUUGAGAAGAUUGUCUGUCUUCUAUUCUCUAGGUGGAAGGGAUCUGAUGAGCCCUUUAGGCCUGUUCUGGUAAGUCUCUAGUUUUUUUUAGAAUGCUAGCUUUACCUUAAGGUGGAGUGUUUUGUUUUCCCCAUUUCACCCACGUUAGACUGUUUAUCUUCUAGUAGAGAGUAAGGUACAUAAAAGAUUCUUGUAGAUUUGUGAUCUGUAUAGGUUUUUUUUUUUUUGGCUUUUUUUAAAAAUCCACAAGAGUUGCAUAUUUAAAGAGAAAUUCAUUGUAAUGCAUAUACAUUUUUAAAAGUAUAGAUUUAAUAUAACUUGUAAAAAUAUUUUCUGUUUCUAAGCCUUACAAGCUAUCUUUCAUUAUCUACAGGAAAAAUAGUUUGUGCUUAAAUGGUCGAAAAAUGCAUAACUAAUAAACUUUUAGGUUUUGCAAAAAGUCAUCCUGCAGUCAUCUUCAUGCUGAGCGCAUAAUUUGGUUUAGUCAAAUUGGAAUCUACAUUGCAUUUAAAAAAAAAAAAUUAUAUAUACACUUUUUUUUUUUUUUUUAUGCAAUAUAAAUUCCAAUUUGACUAAAAUUAUGCACAGAGCUGAAUGCCUACCAUACUUGGUAUAAAUUUAGUAAGUGCACACAUUCAGUUUCAUCAGAACUACAUAUUACACACAAUGGCUUAAGGGGUGUGUGUGUGUGUGUGUGUGUGUAUAUGUAUAUAUAUUUUUUUUUUUUUUUUAAAUCACCUAUGCCAAAUAAGUGGAAGGACCAGGUAAACCAGUUAUAUAAGUCUUGUUUUAAUCUGUGUGAGCUGUAGCGAAACUCUGUUCCCACAUGAUGUGGAGAAGAUUGAAAGCAAAAAACAAGACUAAAGAUGAUUGCAGGAUAACUUUUUUGCAAAACCUAAAGUUAAUUAAAUAUUAACCUAAUGGUUAUGCAUUUUUCUGCAGAUAAUGAAAGGUAACUUGUAAGACUCAGAAAUUGAAAAUAUUUUUUCAAGUUGUACUAAAUGCAUACUUCUGAAAUACUAUAUGCAUUUUAUUACAAUGAAUUUCCCUUUAAAUAGGCAACUUUUUCUUGUGACUUAAUUAAUUAAAAGUGUGUGUGUAUAUUUAUUUUUUGUUUUGUGUGGGGUUUUUUAAUUACAUUUUUAGGUACACCACCCAGCAAGAGACUUAUAUUCUAUCAGGAAUAACUGUCAUGGUUGUUUACUAAAAUGUAAAUUGUCAAGAAUUUAAAACUUUUUGUAGUCCAAAAUGUGCCAACAUAAAUCUUUUGUGCUGGUUUUUAGCUUGACUGUAAAAGUGAAUUCUAAAAUGUACACCAAAGUAGCCACUUUAGUAAACAAUCCUGCCUCAAAGUGUUAAGUCAGGAAUUCACAGUAACCGUUUCUCAUUCUUUGAAUUUAGUGUGGGAAGAUAUGUAGAAAUAUGUGUAAAAUGUUCUGAUUGUAGUGAUUAAUAACUUUGCCAUUACAUUUCAGGCCAAGUUUGAAUUUAAUCAUGGUGAUUAUGAAAAACAUCUUAUGCACGCACUGAGCCGGAAGGACAAGACUGGAAUUGUUAUAAACAAUCCAAACCAGUCAGUGUUCCUCUUUAUUGAUAGACAGCAUUUGCAGGUAAUUUGAAAUCAUGUUAUCGACUCCUCUUCUUGGCUAUUCUGGUCCAGUAAUCUAGUUACAAUUGGCAUAAGAGUGACUUGUUAUGCAACAUGCAACACAAACACAGAAAGCUUCUGUUAAUCCAUUGCAUGCUAAUCGGAACUAUUUUCAUUUGUUUAUUUUUUUUAGACUCCUAAAAGCAAAACCACAAUAUUCAAGUUAUGCAGCAUCUGCCUGUACCUACCACAGGAACAGCUCACCCAUUGGGCGGUUGGCACCAUAGAGGAUCACCUCUGCCCUUAUAUGCCUGAGUAAGGCAUUGACCAGUCAAACAGGGAAGAUCAGAUGUUGGCAGAAAUUUUUUCUUCAAAUUCCAGAAGAAUAUGGACUUAUGCUCAGAACACUUGUACGUUGUGAACCUUCAUGCUGGAUAUUUGUUUUCCUUAUUUUGUAUCAGAACAUUUUUUUUGAGGCGCAGGAGUUCGGUUUUUUUUGUUUUUGUUUGUUUUGUUUUUUUUUUUGGUUCCCCCCCCUCUUCAUUUUUUUUUUUUCUCCUCCAUUCUUUUCUGUAUGGACAUUGUAAAGAGAAGAUGUUUGCAACAUCUUUGCUUUAGCCUCUUCAAAAAUGUGAAAUGAUGGGACACUGAAUCAAAUGUAUCAGGAAGCACAAGGUACUAUUUAUUUGGUGAUCUUCCCAUUUGCACUGGUCAUACCCCUAACAUUUUUUAGAGUGUUAGUCAACAGUAUUGAGGGCAGGGGGUAAAACAUGAAUGUAUCAGGUGUGAAAGCUUUCUUGCUCUACCAGAAAACAAAAGCACUAUAUGAAUCAUUUAAAUGAUGCAAAUGAUUUUGCUGCAGUAAAAUGAAGGUAGGAUUGGGACAGAUAUUUGAGAAGAAAUCCUGUUUGUUCAGCAUUUGCAUUCAUGUCAUAAUUCAUUUUGUAGGGCUGAGAGUGUAAUGGCAUCUUAUGGUUGUUACUUUUUUUUUUUUAUAUCUCUCCUCCCAUUUGCUGCGUACCUUUCAGUACAAAAUAAAUCUGCAAGUACAUUAAUGCUCAUAUGGCCUAGGAGUCUGCCUAGCUAAUAUUUUACAUACAAGUUAAAUACUUGGUCAAUGCAGAAACAAUGUUUCUAGAGGAAUCAAGACACACCUGGUGGUGAAUUGUGCAGAUAUUACUUGUUUAAAGAAAAAAGAGUAAUGUUUCUAAGAUAAGAAACCCAUGGUGGGUUUCUGAUAAGUUAUUAAGCAGUUGCAAACUGUAAAAGAAGGUUAAAGUGUGAAAAAGUUGGUUCAGAGAAUAUUUUUAUUUUGUGCAAUGAAAACAAGGUUGACUACUGUUUUUUGAGAAAGCUUUGCUGAAAAGCUUUCAGUACCUUUUUACGAUUACGUAUAUAGGCCUGCUCCCUUUGGCUAAUACUAGUGCUUACCUGGUUUAAAUUUGUAUCUAGCUUUUUUUUUUUUUAAUUUUUUUUUUUUUUAAUUGGAUUACAAUGGAAAUUAAAAUAAAUGAGGUGAAAACAAUUUUAUUUUGUUUUAAUCUUUUUGGUAUGCUUGCUGUGGAUAUGUACAGUUCACUCAAACCUAGGAGACGUGGCCCAUUUAAUCUACUCAUUAAGUCUAAAUUGGUGACGAUUACCUUGUGGACAUCCCAGUUAUUAUUGAAACACUUCAUAAAGUUAAUUUGCAACAGAACACACAUUUGCAUCCUGUGUUAAAAUUAGUUGACCUGUACGUUUAAUAAUUAAAC